AUGUGCAUUGAGACUGCUCUGCACAGGUAUGGAUAUUUGAAUGAGGUCCUAGAUUCCGAGGUUGAGACCACCACGUCGAGGCAUCUCAGCUGUCUACUGUGGGUACAAGGCUUUUUAGUAAAGCGGGUCCGGCAUCAGGCAGAUGUCGAACGAGAUGCACGGUUCGUCACGGAUUCUGAGGGGGAAUCCAGGUCGGGUCUUGUCAGAGGAAGAGCAAAAGGAACAACUAGAAGAGUAAGAAGGGGCAAAGGAGAAGUACACCAAGAUCAACCUCAUAGUUCAAGCCAGGCUACUAUUGAAACGAGGCCAAAGAUUGGGGUGAGAAGAGGAGGCAAUGUGUCUCAACAGACAAGGAACCUUGCUCAGACUGCUUUUAAUUCUGAACCUAACUCAGCCAAUGUGCCUAACUCAUCCAAUGCAACUAACUUAGGUUUUCAAUUUCAACAAGCUUCUCAAAAUGCCUCAGUCAUAACCUCUAAAAGAAGGAUUAGAUACAAGUCUAUAGCAAAAUGA